CAGAUGCCGUGGAGACUUUGCCUAUUAUUCGCUGACAAUGGAUUUUAGCGUUAAGAAACUAGCUUCGGAUGCUGGAGUCUUCUUCUCUCGAGCUGUCCAAUUCACUGAAGAGAAGCUAGGCCAGGCAGAAAAGACAGAGUUGGACGCCCACUUUGAGAAUCUACUGGCCCGUGCCGACAGCACCAAGAACUGGACAGAGAAGAUCUUCAGACAGACAGAAGUUCUGUUACAGCCAAACCCAAGUGCCAGAAUUGAGGAGUUCCUAUAUGAGAAGCUAGACCGGAAAGUUCCGCCCAGACCCACCAAUGGAGAGAUACUGGCACAGUAUAUGUUGGAGGCAGCCAAAGAUUUUGGACCGGGAACACCAUAUGGGAGUACCUUAAUCAAAGUUGGUGACUGCCAAAGACGCCUAGGGAAUGCAGAGCGGGAGUUUCUGCAGACCUCAGCCAUCAGCUUCCUCACACCCCUGCGGAACUUUCUGGAAGGAGACUGGAGGACCAUAUCAAAAGAGAGAAGACUCCUGGAGAACCGCCGUUUGGACCUGGAUGCCUGCAAAGCCCGCCUGAAGAAAGCCAAAGCAGCGGAGGCCAAAGCCGCAUGUGAGAAAGAAGCAACGCCAGAUUUCCAGGAGACUCGACCUCGUAAUUAUGUCCUGUCUGCCAGUGCAUCUGCGCUGUGGACUGAAGAAGUGGACAAAGCUGAGCAGGAGUUGCGCGUGGCUCAAACUGAGUUUGACAGACAGGCGGAGAUUACGCGACUGCUGCUGGAGGGAAUCGGAAGCACUCACAUGAAUCAUCUGCGAUGCUUACAUGAAUUUGUGGAGGCCCAGGCUGCGUACUACAACCAGUGUCACCAGUACAUGUUAGAGCUGCAGAAGGAACUGGGCAGCUCCAGCAAAAUAUUUUUAUGGAUAAAUUCACUAUUCCCCCCCCCCUGCAGCCACCCCAAAACAUUUGGCGCAAACCUCGCUGCCUCCGUCGGCCUGCCCGGCGACCCCUCCUCCUCUGAGGCCGUUAACUCCACAUCUCCCAUAGAGGCGGAAGCUCUGCAGAUUGAGGAGGUGCAGCCUCCUGCCAGCGGGACGCGCAAGGCUAAAGUCCUGUAUGAUUAUGAUGCUGCAGACACCAGCGAACUCUCACUGCUGGCAGAUGAGCUCAUUACGGUAUACACUGUGCCAGGAAUGGACUCUGAUUGGCUGAUCGGAGAGAGAGGAAACCAGAAAGGGAAGGUGCCAGUCACGUAUCUGGAGCUGUUGAGCUAAAGAGGCUACA